UCCCUUCUCAGUUUUGAAACCGUGCGCGUGUGCGAUACGCCGUCACCCCGUCCUCUGGCAGUUUGGCUUCUGUUCUUCAACACUUCUCGGUGAAGAGACCUGACGACUAAGAAGUAAGAACUGAGAAGAGAAAGGAGGGUCGACUGUCGAUAGAAUCUUGUUCCAUCAACAACAAUGGAGCCUGGAGAUGAAGGGAUCGAGAGAGUGGUUGAUUCAAAGGAUAUGCAGCAACAGAGCAAAGCCCUCGACAAACUCACUGACCGUGUUGAAGAUCGUCAACUCAACUCCACUAGGGUUCAAGAGGCUAUGGCAUCGAUUGCUGCAUCUGGUGAAGCUGAUUGGAAUGCGAUGAGAAUGAGGGAGAAGGAAUUGGCUUCUGUUAAGAUCAAUGCCGCAGAUGUAGACAUUAUUGCAAAUGAGUUAGAGUUGGACAAGAAGGUAGCUGAGAGAACAUUACGAGAGCACAAAGGUGAUGCGGUUGCUGCCAUCCGUUACCUUCUUCGCUAAGAAGAUAGCAGACAGAGAUACCUGCGAAGCAUUUUAUUUUAUGUUUUUAAUGCCUAGUGAUAUGGAUUAUGAAUUAUAGCCAACAUGGUCAUUUGCUACUGUUAAUUGUGCUCACAAUGGCUGUGGAUGUUACCUGAUGGCAAUUUUGCAGACAGUUUUGAGUCGAAUUAAUCAGUAUCAUUGAAGAAAACCUGCUUGACCCUUCGAAGUCGGGCUUUGGUUUUUCACACGUUCCUUAUCCAGUAGAUGGAUAUUUAAUCACAUACUUGAGAUUGUAA